UCCGGUGAGCAGUCGAUGGUGACUGCACACUUGCGCGCGACGCUUGAGCGCCAGGGCUACCGCAUUGUCGGCAGCCACAGCGCAGUUAAGCUGUGCCGCUGGACAAAGCACCAGCUGCGCGGCCGCGGAGGCUGCUACAAGCACACGUUUUACGGCAUCGAGAGCCACCGCUGCAUGGAGUUCACCUGUUGCCUCGCUUGCGCCAAUAGGUGCGUCUUUUGUUGGCGCCAUCAGAAAAACCCAGUCGCAACGGCUUGGAACUGGCAAAUGGACGACCCGCAGCACAUUGUAGAGCAGGCUGUGCGUGAGCAACAGGAAAUGUUGCAAAUUUUUAAAGGUGCGCCCGAUGUGGCCAAGCACGAGAAAGUGCUUGAGGCGUGCGCUGUCGCGCAUUGCGCGCUGAGUCUCGUCGGCGAGCCCGUUCUCUACCCGCGCAUCCAGGAGCUGCUCGAUCAGCUGCACUCUCGGCGAAUCAGCACCUUUUUGGUCAACAACGGACAGUUUCCCGACCAACUCGACGCAAUUCAGCGCGUAACGCAGCUGUACCUCUCUGUCGACGCCGCGGACCCCGCGACGCUCAAAGCGCUGGGAAGACCCGUUUUCGUGGACUACUGGCAGCGGCUGCUCGCGAGCGUCGCGAAACUCGCGACGAACCCCAAUCGCACCGUGUUCCGACUGACGCAUAUCAAGGGCGGCAAUGACGCCGAUCCUUCCGGCUACGCGGAGCUCAUGAAGCUCGGACAGCCUUCUUUCGUCGAAUUCAAAGGCGUGACUUUUACCGGCGUGGGCUGCGGCGUUUCAAUGGCCAACGUGCCGCGCUUCGACGAGACGCAGGCGUUCGCACGCGCUGUUCUCGCCGCGUAUAACGCGCAGCGCGCGGCUGCGUCUGCGCUGCCUGUGUACGAAGUUGCUGCGGUUCACCAACACUCAGUCUCGGUCCUGCUCGCACAGACUAAGUACUUUUUCGAUGGCGCGUGGCACACGUGGAUCGACUACGAUCGCUACUUCGAGCUGCUCGCGCGCGGAGACGCGACUAUCGACGAAUUAUCGUAUAGUGCACCCACGCCAAUUUGGGCUUUGGAAACUGCACCGGAGCAAGGCUUCGACCCUUCGCAAACUCGGCAUCACCGGAACAAACUGCGCACUGCGGUCGCUUGUUCCGAAACCUGCAGCUGUUGGUGA